AUGGCGACGACACCAGAACUCAGAGAGCAGCCCUCAUUCCAUCGGGAAUCUCCCUCGCCAUCACGAUCCCCGACUCCAGCUCUUGGAGCUUGUCCAGAGCUGUCUCGUUGCGUAUCGACUACUUCGACGGGCUCCGUCUUCUCGGGAGACUCCAGUAUGGGGCGAGAAUCUCUUGGCAGUUCGGUCGGCACAUCUGUCUCACGAUCAUCAUCAGCGAGUUAUUCUCAUCGAGCAUCGCUCGGCGGACCUGAGAAGCCUAAACGUCGAGGAUAUGUUAGACCACAAGGGACGAAUUUCGCAGCUUCAGCACAAUCUAGAGAAAGUGUGCUCAGCUUAGGCAGCAUAGCACAUCUACAAUAUUAUUUCGCUAGAACGGGCCUAUUGGAUGGAAAGGGAGGUCGAUUGGCAAAGAAGAAGGACCAACGUGGGACACUAGACUUAUCCGCACUGGAUACUUCGUUCCUUUCGCCCAAGGUUGUUGGUUCGGAUGUCGACUCCUCAUAUGCCUCAAUGGGCAGCAGCCCGGAACUCCAUGCACAACUUGGUGGGAUGCUGGUGGAAAGCCCUACACAGGAGGAAGGCGACUACUUUAGUGGUGAGGAAGAUGAAGACCAUCCACACAUGCUCCCGCCAACCGUGAGCACUUACAAUCACCGAGAGAAGACUAUCGAACCGCCACCAUCUCUUGAUGAGCUCAAGCAUGAUUUACAGAAGGCCUUGGGAGAUGCUGUCAAAGUCCUCGAAGAAGCGAAGCAACGUCCAUCAUCACAACCAUCUUCUCCUUCUCAUAACCAGUCAUCUGACGGAGAGCCAUCGAGUCCGUCAUCGGAUGAAAACCGAGGAUGGUACGAGCUACAAGGCAUGCAUAUUCUCGAUAUCAUGACCCUAGCUAUACGUGCCGCCAAGAUGUACUACACGGCCCAUGAUCAACCAGCACGCCUAUCAACGAUCAAGACAGAGCGAAAGAUCAGAGCAGAGCUAUUGUCGGUCAUGGAUGUCCUCAAGCGUAUGGCGACGAGGAAUUUUGCUUCUGGCAUGCGCACCGAGGAACGAGAGACAAUGGAAAAUUGGGUAGCCGGUGUCUACGAGAUGUUGAAGCAGGAAGAGGCUAUGGAAGAGGCAGAGAGGAAGCAAAGAGCCAGCUGGUCCUGGCUCGAUGAAUCCUGGGAUGGCAGAGACGUGGAGCGGGAAUACGCUUUCAUGAAAUCUAUGGACCCGGAUUCCGAGACGCUACCGGAGUUCAAAUCCGUGGACGACAUCACGGAUGAAAAGUUACCUACCUCGUUCUUGGCUGAUCUAAGGACUGGAUUGAGAUUGGUCAAAUUGCACAACGCAAUAGUCAAGAAGAGCAAGAGGCCGUUUGGCGCUAUCGACAAAUGGCAUACAGAAUUUGGGAAGCCAUAUCGCAGCGCGGAGAAUCUACGAUACUGGAUUAAAGCCGCUGAGCUACGUUGGGAAGUCGUCCUCAAAGUCGAUGUCAUGGGUGUCGUCAACGGAUCCGACAGAACGGCGUGGAAGGGUUUCGAGAAUGCCAUUUGGCAAUGGUGCCGGAAGGUCAGAGAGGAGAUCACGGUAGAUUUGAAAGUCUGA